AUGUACAGGCGCAUUCUUCUCACAGCAAGCACGGCAUUCGUGUGCUGGUCUAUUUUCUAUGUCAUCGUUCUGGAGCCUUUGUUCGACUGGGCGGAAGAGGAGUGGGAUUCCAUGUCCGACAAGGAGAAGCAGGAACUGGCUGAAGAAGCCGGCAAUGGUUCCGACUCGAUACUGUUCUUGCCCAUGCCGUUCACCAUAAGCGAGGUUAGCCAACCACCAUAUCGAAACAGUGACCCGGAGUGGCAAGAGUUUGUUACCUUCAGCCGAAGAAAGGAUGGGGGCGAGGAUAUUAAACGCAAGCUGGCCGACCUCAUGUGCAAAGCGAUCGAGAGCAGUGAUCAGUACAUUCGACUACUCGGCGGCAAAGAUAUCCACGUAUCUCAAUACUGGCUCGAUACAAUAUUUCCCGCCCAACCGCCACCUAAACACUACGUAGCGGGAAUCAGCAUCGAAGACGACGGAAUUUACUGGGCGCACCGCCCUAUCGAUACGCUCGCAGCGAAGCAUUUAUAUCUCGCCAUCUACCCCGCGGCGGUGGCCAAGGCGGCAUUGAGUUUUGUCAGCGCUUAUGGCAAAGGCAUCGCCUCCGACAUGGCCAUAUUCCUGGGCAUCGCCGAGCCGCCGGCAAAACAACGUUCGACGUGGGAGCCGACCAUGGUGCAGCGCGUGCAGCUGGAGACCGUCGGCCCCAGCGCCAACCGAGAGCUGCAGGAUUUGAAAAAGAAUCACCAGUCAGUCGUGUCCAUCGGGACUGAGACCUCCACCACUCUGCAGCGAGCCACGUCGGCGGCGUUGGUGACAUUGGCGAAGAGCUGGAAGCCCGCGCGGCGGGGCCCCGGCCCCGGCUGUAUCAGGGUGGAUGGCUUGAUUCAGGUAGCAGGAAAGAAGGCUUACAUGGCUGUUUACGUUGUCGCUUGGUUCGACCCGAAGCAGAACAAGUUUGUUGACAUUCAAUCACAGCUGAAGCACCUUGUGCCGUUCAACCAGUACCCGGCGAAUUGA